AUGUGGCUACGGAUCUGUGGCUACGGCUGUGGCUACGGCUCUGGCUACGGCUCUGGCUACGGCUCUGGCUACGGCUCUGGCUACGGCUCUGGCUACGGCUCUGGCUACGGCUACGGCUCUGGCUACGGCUCUGGCUACGGCUCUGGCUACGGCUCUGGUUACGGCUCUGGCUACGGCUCUGGCUACGGAUGUGGCUACGGCUCUGGUUACGGCUCUGGCUCUGGCUACGGCUCUGGCUACGGCUCUGGCUACGGCUCUGGUUACGGCUCUGGCUACGGAUGUGGCUCUGGCUCUGGCUACGGCUCUGGCUACGGCUCUGGCUUUGGCUACGGCUCUGGUUACGGCUCUGGCUACGGCUCUGGCUACGGAUGUGGCUCUGGCUCUGGCUACGGCUCUGGCUACGGCUCUGGCUCUGGCUACGGCUCUGGCUGUGGCUACGGCUCUGGCUACGGCUCUGGCUACGGCUCUGGCUACGGCUCUGGCUACGGCUCUGGCUCUGGCUACGGCUCUGGCUACGGCUCUGGCUACGGCUCUGGCUACGUCUCUGGCUACGGCUCUGGUUACGGCUCUGGCUACGGCUCUGGCUACGGAUGUGGCUACGGAUGUGGCUCUGGCUCUGGCUACGGCUCUGGCUACGGCUCUGGCUCUGGCUUUGGCUACGGCUCUGGCUACGGCUCUGGCUACGGAUGUGGCUCUGGCUCUGGCUACGGCUCUGGCUCUGGCUACGGCUCUGGCUACGGCUCUGGCUCUGGCUCUGGCUACGGCUCUGGCUCUGGCUACGGCUACGGCUACGGCUCUGGCUACGGCUCUGGCUACGGCUCUGGCUACGGCUGUGGCUACGGCUGUGGCUACGGCUACGGCUCUGGCUACGGCUCUGGCUACGGCUCUGGCUACGGCUCUGGCUACGGCUCUGGCUACGGCUCUGGCUCUGGCUACGGCUCUGGCUACGGCUCUGGCUACGGCUCUGGCUACGGCUCUGGUUACGGCUCUGGCUACGGCUCUGGCUACGGAUGUGGCUACGGAUGUGGCUCUGGCUCUGGCUACGGCUCUGGCUACGGCUCUGGCUACGGCUCUGGCUUUGGCUACGGCUCUGGUUACGGCUCUGGCUACGGCUCUGGCUACGGAUGUGGCUCUGGCUACGGCUCUGGCUUUGGCUACGGCUCUGGUUAUGGCUCUGGCUACUGA